AUGUGCACAGGAGGCUGCGCCAAGUGCCUGGGAAUUACUCUCAUCCCUCUAGCUGUGCUCUGCACCCUUGCUAACAUUUUGUUGUUCUUCCCUGGAGGAAAAGUGGCUGAUGAAAAUGCACACAUUACAGAUGAAGUCUGGUACUUUGGAGGGAUCUUGGGAUCAGGUGUAUUGAUGAUCUUCCCUGCCUUGGUAUUUUUGGGCCUUCAGAAUAAUGAUUGCUGUGGAUGCUGUGGUAAUCGGAGCUGUGGAAAGAGGUUUGCAAUGUUUUCUUCUAUAAUAUUUGCUGCCAUUGGAGUUCUGGGAGCUGGAUACUGCUUUAUUUUGUCAGCAGUAGCCCUACACAAAGGCCCUAAAUGUGAAAGUAAAGGAAACUGGACCUACCCCUUCCAGGAUGGGAAGUACCUUGCUGACCACAAACUGUGGGACUUGUGUGAAUCACCUGUAAACAUUGUCCAAUGGCACCUGACCCUCUUCUCCCUGCUGCUGGUGAUGAGUGGGAUCCAGGCAGUGCUCUGUGCCAUUCAAGUGGUGAACGGCCUCUUUGGAACCAUCUGUGGGGAUUGCAAAUGCUGCUGUGGGGGAGAUGGAACUGUCUAA